AUGGGGACCCGAGACGGACCACAUCAAUGGUUAGAGACAUUGUCAGACAUUGCUCAGUCGCGCUCUCAAUGGCGCUCGCGUGACAGCUUCUUUGUCAAGGGUAGACUUUACAAUGCUGCUGUGCGCUCCAUAUUACUAUAUGGAUCAGAAACAUGGACGCUGCGCGCCGAGGACGUCAAACGGCUUUCAGUGAAGGGUGGAAGAGACCCAGAGACGGUCAAACAAUGA